CUUCGAGAUCUCCUUCAUACUCUCUUUACGAACAAAAACGAUCAGAAAUAUUUGCGUUUCUACCACAUUUACUUCCUUUUCCCCCAGGAUCGUCUUUAACGCCUGUGAUGACGUCGCGUUGAGUGCAUUGUUUCAGGUCGAUUUCAGGCAAUCCUACCUUCGAGGCGCAGUGCCCGACCCUCUUCAAGAGACACCUGCGGGCUGUAUAGAGGUUCAUUAUUCGGUCUUCGUUGACAAUAUCAUCCUCUUUACACUUUGAUCUGAAUUCUACGUAAAAUGGAUUCACAAAGGGUCUUUGGUGGCGGGUUUCCUGCUAGUGUAGCAGCACAUGAUACCCUUGAUGCUUGGGAUAAAGCGAAGCCUCGUGGAUCCGCGUCAUUGGCCGCAAUAUUGUCCGCCUUUGUACCAACAUGGUUCACAGCUGUACUAUUUGUCGGCGCGUUCGUAAUCAUCAGGCAGAGGUUUCCCAAGAUCUACUCGCCACGAACGUUCAUCGGCACAAUCCCAGAAAAGGAUCGUACGCCAUCACAAAGCCGCUCUUAUUUUGACUGGUUCCACACAUUACGGGUUGUUCCGGACAGAUUUGUGCUUCAUCACCAAUCGCUGGAUGCAUAUCUCUUUCUUCGAUUUUUGAGGAUGGCAAUUUUCCUCUGCGUAGUUGGGUGCUGCCUGACAUGGCCGGUUUUGAUCCCCAUCAAUGCCACGGGAGGCGGCAAGUCUUCCGAACUUGAUCGGAUAGCGAUUGGGAACAUUGCAGACAAGAAGAAGCUAUACGCUCAUGCUGUCAUUGCAUGGGUAUUCUUCGUAUUCGUCAUGUUUACGGUCGCAAGAGAGCGCCUUUGGCUCAUAGGUCUACGGCAGGCGUGGAAUCUUUCUAGGUCGAAUGCGAAGCGACUAUCCUCACGCAUUGUUUUAUUCUUGUCGGCGCCCAAGGACGCACUCGAGAAGGAGAACCUCAGUCGAUAUUUUGGCGACGAUGCAGUUCGACUUUGGCCGGCGACAGACGCCUCGAGCCUGCAGUCCUUGGUGUCCGACAGAAGUUCGAGCGUAGAGAAGCUAGAGUCUGCCGAACUGUCGCUGAUCAAAUCAGCCAACAAACAAGCUAGGAAAGGAAGGCAGAGGGGCCACGAACCCAACUAUGAAAGCUUCCCUUGGGACAUCAAGAAGUCAUUGAGACCUCGCCACAGACUUACAGCUCCAGGAGUUGGAAAAGAAGUGGACAGUAUCACACAUUACCGCGAAGAGAUCAAGCAAAAGGAGGCAAAGAUCAACGAUAAACGUGAAUCUUAUCAAGGGACUGGCGAGCGUGGAGCAGCCGCGGUUUUCGUCGAGUUCAAGUCUCUUGCCGCUGCACAGAUAGCUUACCAGCAAGUCGCAUCUGCGGAGGUGUUGGCGCUGAAUCCCAGGCACACCAGCGUACUGCCAAAUGAAGUCAUCUGGGGUAAUCUAACAUUGCCACCAGCUGUCCGCAUCUCACAAGAAGGGGUGGCUACCGCCCUUGUCGUCGCUCUGAUUGCGUUUUGGUCGAUUCCCGUGGGUUUCGUAGGAGCAUGGUCGAACGUUUCGUAUCUUGCCGAGAAGUUCAAGUGGCUCAGCUUUAUCAACAAGCUUCCAGACGUGGUUUUGGGAUUGUUGACUGGCCUUAUACCUCCGAUGCUUACUAGUCUGCUGAGUAAAUACGUGCCUAACAUCUUCAGAUAUAUUUUCAAGAAGUUCGGAUCGCCCACCAACACAUCCGCAGAACUCAAAGUAUUGAGAUGGUUCUUCGUAUUUCAGGUCGUGCAAGUCUUCCUCGUCACAACCUUGUCCUCUGGGGCGGCAGCUGUUGCUUCACAGAUCGCACUAGAUCCGACAGCUGUGACGUCUUUGUUGGCCGAACGACUUCCUUCCUCGUCGAACUUCUACCUCAGCUACUUCAUUGUCCAAGGAUUGACUAGCUCUUCCGACAAUCUGCUGAACUACUCGGAUCUUCUGCAAUGGAAGUUCUAUGACUAUGUCUUCGACAAGACACCGCGCCAGAAGUACAGCUCGUAUACAAGUCUUAAAGGAUUGGCCUGGGGCAAGGUCUUCCCGAAAUAUACCAAUUUUGUGAUUAUUGCCAUCGCCUAUUCAUGCAUCGCACCUCUUGUCCCUGCAUUUGCGGCGGCCGGCCUCGCGCUAUUCUACUACAGCUACCGGUACAUGCUCCUCUUCACCGUUCAAGCAAAGAUCGACACCAAGGGUGAAUGCUAUACGCUUGCCCUGCAACAAAUUCUCACCGGCGUCUACCUCGCGGAGCUCUGUCUGAUCGGAUUGUUCUCCUUCCGCAAGGCCACGGGCCCGACUAUCAUGAUGGGAGUCCUGCUCGUUCUCACUGCCGCCUACAACGCAGUGAUGAACCGGUACCUGGCACCUCUCGAGAAAUACUUACCAGCGGAUCUCGCAGCAGAAGUUGGCAACGGUUCGGAAGAGGCAGCGCCGCUGCUGGCCGCUGAAGAAGGCGAGGCACCACCGCAGCCUUCGGACUCUCACAUCGUCCGACUCGGCCAGCACGCACAUGUCCCUCGAAAGGUCCUAGAUCCCAUCGCACGGUUCUUCCAGCCGCACAUCUUCGCAUCCCAUCGAGCGAUGAGGGCGUGGCUGCAAGAAGACGACUCGUUCGACGCCGACGCCGACGGCCCGUCGUACAAGGAGGAAGACGUCCAGAAGGCGUAUCUAAAUCCCGCACUAACUAGCUCCACACCCGUGAUAUGGCUUCCAAAGGAUAGGAUCGGGGCCACGGAGGUCGAAGUUAGGGAGAACGAGGAGGCGGGGUUGAAGUGCAGUGACGAUGGGGCGUGGCUGGACGAGAACAUCAAGUUGGAGUGGAGCGUGCGCGACUUCGACAAGAUUCCCAUCUUCAAGAGGGGAACCAAGUGGUGAAGAGGGACGAAAUGUUCUAUGCAUGUUGGUUAGCUAGUCUUCUUUUUGAAAUCAUGUUAUAUCAUGUUGUACUCUGAUUCUUUUACUUUGGAAUUUGGACAGGUAACAAGGCAAAACCAGACCUGGUUCAUGAUACAUACUCUCUUCUUCCCUUCCUACAUUUUUCUUGAGAUUCUCUUCUCCCUCCCGAAAGGAAGCAAAGGAGAGUAUUGAAGAUGAUGAAUUGUCUAGGUAGCCCUAGCCACCUC